AUGGGACGUCCUACGGUUGUCGCCCAAGCGGCCACCGUAGGAAGCGCAAAAAAGACGAAAGUCACGUGCGAUAAGUACAUACCUGCGUGCGGCGGAGGUGUUGUGGCGCGCAGCUCGAGCAACACUCGGGUCGGUGGCGCGCGGCUGACUGGCGGGCGGGCAGCAGAGUCGCCGCGGCAGCAGCGGCGCCCUCCCGCGCUCCGCUCAGCCCCCGCUGCAUUCUGUGCGUGCGCCCGCCGCCGUCGGGAGAGCCGCCACUCGCCGCUUCCACUGACAUCAGCGUCUGACACCUCCCCAUAUCUCGCACGCACGCAACGCCUGUCACCUCUGCGUGACCCUCGCGACCGCCUAGCCGCACCGACCUCGCUAUGUUUAUUCGUUUAA